UAUAACCUAGCACGAGCCAUGCAUUUCUCGUUCCUCCGAGUAGUCGCAGCCGUUGCAGCUUUGACAAGAUCUAUGUCUGUCACCGCACAGUACUGUGCGAACCUAGGCCAGGCUUGUGGCAGGACCAGUCCGCAAGACCUCUUAUGCUGCGGUGACCUUAUCUGUGGGCCUUUGCGCCUUAUACCAAUAGGAGUCCGCUACUUCUUACAGGUACUGCAUCCAAAUCCAAAGGGACUUGGCAGACUGAGCAUGUCACAAUAGUGUGUCGUAUUUCUUUCGCGUUAGCACAGUGCUUGAUCGCACGAUAUACAGUUCGUCACGGAGUUGAUGGAUGUGCUCACUUUUGUACAAAUUCAAAUUUUCCUGACGCCUUGACUGGACUCCCGAAUAAAUUACUGUAGCGUUGAUAGAAGACCUCAGGCUCAGGCCUCAUGUCAUUCGA